UUUUUUAUUUUACUUUUUUUUACAGUUAUAUUGACCACAUACUACUACUUUUAAAGGAGCCUCCAUUUCUUGAUAUUAGUGAAAAAAAGGAUGAAAAAGGAUACAUUUGAUGAUGAUGAUGAAGAAGAUGACAAAGAAAGCAAGAAUAGACAGAGUAAAAGAAAUAGCGUACCAGCAGAAUUGCAAUCACCAAAGAUGAUUAUUGAAGAACAGAUGGAUAAAGUAGUUACAAAGAUAGACCCAUAUCAUCAUCAAUUAACAAAAAAUAAUCUAUAUACAAUGGAAGAUGGCUCGGCUAUGCUUGAGCGUGUUGCACCAGAUGCAAUUACGACGACGACACUUGCCAAAGAGAGAUUCAUUGUAAGACCUGUAAAUGGCGAUAUUCAUGCUCUAUGGAUGGACGUGACACAUACUCUUAUUGAAGAUAUAGAUGGGACCAAUAAUGUAACGUCGUCAUCAUCAUCUACAUCAGCAACUAAUGGAGAUACAGAAAAUGAUAAGGAAUCUAUACUUUUAGAUAUUGCAGGCUAUAAAACUGAACAGCAAAAGGAGGAUGAAAAUAAAGUAAAAGAAAAUGACGAUCAUAAUACAAAAUCAGAAGAACAAAAUUCUUCCUCUUCUAUAAAUAAUAAUGAUGAUGAUGAGAAGAAAUCAUGGGGAUGGGGACAGUCACAUGCUAACCAAGAAGAGACAGUUCAAUUAGAAGUAGGCCGAACUUAUCGCAUUGAAAUGAGUCUUUGUGGUUUUUCAGCUUUUGGUUAUGAUGAAAAAGGAAAUUCAGAACUAUUUAAUAAACAACAAAUUAGUUAUGAUGCAUUUGUACAUAACCCAAGUAUCUUAAAUGACCCACGACUCGUCUUUCGUUAUAACCAGCAUUAUUUUGCAGCUGCACGAAAUAACCCUCUUUUCACUUCGCUAUUAGUCUUUAAAAAGCCCUUGGAGGAUAAGGAUACAAAUAAUACUAAUAAAGUAACAGAUAGUAGAGAUACUUAUUCAUAUGGUCCUGGCUGGCGUCAAUGGUUAAGUCGAUCUUCUUUAGCUGAUUCUGGACCUGCAGUAGGAAAAUUAAAACUUGAUGAAGAAAUACCGUUAGUAACUUCUUCUACCAUCAUACCUGAGACAGAAGAAACCAAAUCAGAUAAAGAAGAAUACAGUGAACAGACGACUUUUACAACAACAACUAAAACAACUUCUGUAGGCUGGUCUCCAGAUCAUAAUGAUGAUGAUGAGGAUACACCCUUCUUUAAGAAACGUAAAAACUAUGCUAAAACACUUCGUCUAACUUCAGAUCAACUUAAAAAUUUAAAUUUGAAAAAAGGUGUGAACACCAUUACUUUUUCUGUCACUUCAGCCUACCAAGGGACAGCUACAUGCGCUGCUAAAGUAUUUUAUUGGGAUUAUGAUAUUCAUGUUGUCAUUUCAGAUAUUGAUGGUACGAUUACCAAGUCAGAUACAAUGGGACAUUUAAUGACGAUGAUUGGUAAGGAUUGGACGCAUCCUGGUGUAGCACAACUUUAUACAGAUAUAGCCAACAAUGGUUAUCAUUUUAUAUACCUCACAAGUCGUGCUAUCGGUCAAGCAGAUUAUACAAGAGACUAUUUAAGAAAAGUGUUGCAAAAUAAUUACCAACUUCCUGAUGGUCCUGUGAUUAUGUCUCCUGAUCGACUUUUUACUUCCUUUCAUCGUGAAGUCAUCAUGAGAAAACCAGAGGUAUUUAAGAUGGCUUGUUUACGUGAUAUUCAACGAUUGUUUGGUGGACGUGAUCCUUUCUAUGCAGGAUUUGGUAAUCGAAUUACAGAUGCUAUCUCCUAUAGAAGUGUCAAGGUUCCUUCCUCUCGUAUUUUCACAAUUGAUUCUCAAGGUGAUGUUAAACUAGAAUUGCUUACCGGCUUUAAAUCAUCCUAUAUUCAUCUAAAUGAUAUGGUCGAUCAAAUUUUCCCUCCUAUUAAUAAAACGGUUCAAGAAGAGUUUAGUGAUUAUAAUUUCUGGAAGGCUCCGAUGCCUGAAAUUGAUAUACCAGAAUUAGAAGAAGAAGGUCCUUUACCUACCUCACCUAAGCCUAAGCCUAUCAAACCUGAUCCUACAAGUCUUCCAAAGGAAUCAGUUGUAGCUUAUGAACCUGAACCUAAACGUGGCUUACUUCGUAGUUUCACCUCAAGAUCAUCUAAUUCAACAGCAACGACGACGACAACAACAACAACAGCAAUAGCAACAGCAACAGCAACUUCUUUACAGAAAAAGAAAAAGUCACCAUCUACUGUACCAGAACAGCCUCCAAAGAAGUUAUCAACAUCCUCAAGUGCACCUGAUUUAAUAAUUGAACUUGAAAAGUCUAAUAAAGCAGUCGUAACUGAAACAGAGGAAGAUGUUAAUCUAGCUUCUCCAAGAUCAUUACCUGAUGAUUAUAAACCUUCUGAUACACAACAGCCUAUCGCUUCUCGAUCAUCUUCCGGUAUUAUGAGUAAAGUCAUGGGAGGUGUCUUUUCAAGGAAAUCAUCCAAAUUGCCGACUGAAGUAGUCAAUACGACAAAGGAGCAAAAUGUAGCAGAAGGAGAAAACAAGGAAAAAUCAGUUAAUAUAGAAGAAGUAAAAGAAAAUGAAGAAGAAGAAGAAGAAGACGACGAUAUGUUUAAUUCUGAACUUGAUGAAUUAGAUUUAGAUAAAAUUCCCUUCAUAUAAUUUAUUUAUAUACUGUGUAAUAUAUUACAUUUUAAACCACUAUUUUUUUAUUGUUAUUUUAAUGCUAUAUUCAUAAGCAA